UCCUGCUGCAUGCCUAAAUCCCCUUUCCUUCCUCGCUCCAUGAGACAACCCGUUUUAAGACCAUAAAUGAAAUCUUCCUCUCGCGUUUGCCGCCUCCUCUUGGCAGCGCCCCUCUCUACCUUCCCACUCAUAAAACCUGUCCCAGCCUGAAGAAGUUCUCCGUCCCGCUCCCCACCCCCACUCCCUGCCCGGAUCUCUGAGGACACCUGGAUGCCGGCAGGGACCGCCGACCACGACCCGGACCCGGCCACACCCGGCUCGCCCGCCCGCGGGGUGGAGACCCCCGCAGCCCGCGGAGCAGCCACGACGGGGUUAAGGUUCCGGGCUGGGGGAGGGGGAAGGGGCCGGGAGGGGCGGGUGCGGAGCCAAUCGGCGGCCGCAGAGUCCCCGGGGCCGAGAGCAGGGAGCGCUGUGCCGGGAGCCGGGAGCUGAGCGCGCCGGGCUGGGGCCGGGGCCCGAGCCGAGCGGAACAGAGAGGGAGAGUGCCCGCCCCAGCCCCGAGUCCCGCCGCCUGCCCUGAGUCCCGCCGCCUGCCCUCCCGCCGCAGCGCCGGCCUAGCGGCCGCCGCCCCAACCAUGGAACAAGACAACAGCCCGCGGAAGAUCCAGUUCACCGUCCCGCUGCUGGAGCCGCACCUUGACCCCGAGGCGGCGGAGCAGAUUCGGAGGCGCCGCCCCACCCCUGCUACCCUCGUGCUGACCAGUGACCAGUCCUCCCCAGAGAUAGAUGAAGACCGGAUUCCCAACCCGCUUCUCAAGAGCCUGCAGAACCCAUCCCUAAAGCUCAGGAGAGGGGCAGUGAGAAACCCAGCAAAGAGGAACCCACAACCCAUAUACCACCAUUGGAUUCCCAGGGAGCCAACUCGGUCUGAGAGUGGAGGAGUUAUCCUGCAAUGGAGACUGCGGUUGGGAAUGCAUGGACACUGGAUCUGUUUCUUACUCUCCACUUUGGGGGAAAAUCUCUUGUUUUUAAAAAGUGAUAAAUUUGGUGUUAGGUCCUUGGCAUUUUCCUUCUUUCCCGGCAUGGAGAAUCCUCUUUCCCUCCCUUCUUGUCCUGCCCUCUCUGCAGCCCCCUCUCCUUCUGCCCAGGUCCUCUGGAAAGGAGGAAAUAGAGAAGCUGGGCCGGAGCCUUGGGGGAGGGGGGAGAAUUCUCCCCCCCAACCCUGCCCCUACUUGCUGUGGCAAGAGAGAUGGGGGGUCAGACAGGUGUAAGGACUAACUUCCAGGGCACCAAGAAGGAAGGAAAGGCCUGGAUUCUGGGUUCUCUUCUCUUAAUUGAGGGAAAUAUACCAGCCCCGCCCCCCUCCCCCCCCCCACCCCCCUGCAGGAUUGUCCCAAAGCUGAGACUUGGAGUUCUACAGCCCGUCCAGCUGUGCCUGUGCUGUAGCCGCCGUCUGCUGGGCAAAAGGGGGAACUGCAUCCUAGCCCUUGGCCCAAGGGAAAGGGGUUGUUGUGUUGUGUGGAUGCCUCCUUGCCUGCCCCCAAGCCUCAGUGAUUCCCAGGCUUCAGGAUGUGAUCCCUCCUCCAGCAAUGAGGAGACCACCACCCCUAUUCCAACCCGAUAGCAAAGCUGGGUUGAGAACACAAUGGCUAUUAACGAAGAGGCCCUGGCUGGGAGCCUCUCUCUCCCUGGUCUAAGACACGGAGGGGCCAGGGCAAAAGACAAAAACCCAGAACAGGGGAAGAAACUUCCCUGGCCAGCCAGGCCUCUCCUGCCCACUGCUUUUGCUUUUUCCAGGUGGUGGAGUGGGGAGGGAGGAGGAAAGGCAAGAAUGGCCUUCCUUACAGAAGAAGCACUCUGGCAGCCAGAGCCUCAGCAGUCCCUACUGUGUGCCCUCGGGCAAGACCUCACCUGGGGGCGGCGGUGGGGGCAGCAUCCCCACCCACAUCCACAAUAGGGAGAACACCACACCAGGAUUUUUUCGAGCUUCACAGAGACAGUAUACAUGAAGAUGCUUCCAUCCAGUGAACACAAAACACAACCAGGCCUGGUCUCCCUUCUUUAUUGAUCUCUGGCUAUAGCAGGGUUCUGGGAGACCAAGGGCAGGGGUGAGUCACAUGCGUCUCUGCCCCACUUGGGCGGGGGGAGGAGGGACAAGUGUCAAGGUGGUAGGUCUAAGAGACCAUGGAUAUGGACUUCACACGAACAGGGCCCACUGUACAAAUGCAUGGUUGGUAUUUACAAGAUAAGAGGAGGGCAGUCACCUGGACUUAGGCCUUUCCUGGGACAAGGCUGCUCAGAGAGCCUGAGAAGAAGGGACACAGGGCCUGGCAGGCUCUCUUUAGGAAGCACAACAGCAGCAGCCCUAAGUCCCUUCCAUCUGCCUUCUACCCACCACUCCGAACUUGUCCCAGGGGAGGGGCCUCUUGGUGCCGGUAGCGGCUGGGCAGGUGCUGGAAGGGGGAGGGCAGGGAGUGGCCUUCUGAGAACACUGCAGGCUUUCUGGAUUACACCUCACCCUCCCCGUGCACCCUUGGCCCCAACCCAGCUGGUCUCUCCUGCCUUUGCUUAUAAAAUGCAUCCUAAAGGUGCUUUGCUGGGGAGACCUCAGAGCACUUUACAGACAUUGGUCGGAUGGGAGCCUCCCAGCCCGAGAGGAGAGGAAGGAGGCAAAGGGCUCAGGACAGCCAGGGUAGGUGACAAGCCCCAGGGGCCUAGACCAAUCCCAAGUUCUUGUGGACCCCAGGGAAGGCCUCCUCUCUUCCCCCAGUCCACAUUUCAGAAUGGGAGGGAAGGAAGAUUGGGAUGCGGAGGGUUCUGGGGAUGGUGCUAAAGCAGUGUAGGUCUGGGGUAAAGAACACCCCCUGCAUUCCCAGGCCCUAGAAAGAUCCCAUGCCCUGAAGGAGCCCACUCCCCUCUCCACACACAGGGCUCUGAAAACCCCCAGCUUUCUAUCCUAUUCCAGCUCCUCCCAGGGGAGGAAAAGGGGGACCCAGACCUGCCAGCUAAGAUCUGGGGGGGUUAAGGGAACCCCCUAAAAUGUAUUGCUUAGAAACUUGGAGGCAAAAAAGGAUGGGGGAGGGCCCAGGGGCUGGCAUCUCUGACCCUCCCCCCUGGGCCCUGGGAGGCCUCCAAGAAGCUCCCCUCUCCCAGCCAGCCAACUGGCUAUAGGGGUGGAUGGGGGGGGGAGUCCAGAGGCAGAGGAAUGGGCACAGUGACCAUUGGGAGCCUGAAGUUUCCCAGACUUGCUGCUGGGAAAUUAAAGUGCGCCCCAGUGGGUGUCAGGUGGGGAGGGGCCCUUCCCCCAACCCCACAAUCUCUGGCAUUUGGCCUUCGGGUGGGUUGUCUGUUCCUCAACCUCCGUGCUCCCUUGGAGCAGAUGGGGGAGCCGGACCCGAUGAAUGGUGCUGAUGACAUUGAACACUUUGGACGCAUUGAGGACCUGGGAAAGAGGGAGAGGCCUCAGUGCUCCGAUCUUUGCCUUAUCUCCAGCCUGAUUUACCUUCUCCAAGGCCCGCCAGACCUACCCCCCACCCCAGUCCCACACACAGUUGUGCCAACAAUGCCUGCACAGGGUGCCCAGCCCAGCGUUUGAGCAGGGGGCUGCUCUCGAAGCCACGCCCAACCGACCUCGCAGAGUCCUGUGCCCUGGCUGGGCCCUGUUCCCGAACCCUCACAAAGGUGCUGUAGCCUUGCUUAGGCCCUCCCUGUUCUGAGGAGCUACCUCCUUCCUGCAUGGAAUGGACAGAAGGAGUGGAAAGAUUUCCCUGCUUCCAACUCGGGCCCUGGCUCAAGUAUGUGUUCACUUCUCCAUUUUCCUCCCUCAGAAGAGCUAGGAAGAACCUCGCAUCCACAGAAUCCCAGACAUGACCCUUCAGAGACUCCAUGUUGGACACCCAGCUCUCUCUACUCCCUACAGACUCUCCAGACCCUCCCCCCUCCAGCACACAGGCUCACAUGGGCCAGCCCCAGGCUAGUCCAGAUUCCCAUUCUGGUUGUGUUCAUCCUCAGCGGGGGAGGGCAGGGCCUCUUCCUCACAGGGGGACAGUUCAUCAAUGGACAUCUGGUUGGUGACACCUGCAAGGGGGCAUUUAGGAAGUUGGGACCCAGACAAGAAAUAUUUUUCCCCAAAAUGCCAGGAGCACGUGGAGAAAAGUAAAGGAUUCUCAUGCAUCCUCCUGCCUUCAAGAUGAGCUGCAUUCAACACAUGACAACUUAGGAAGAGCCUCCCUAGCAUUCUUUCCCAGCCUUGCUAAAAUUUAUAACCGUCAACUCACACCUAAAGAAAAGAGAUUUCCCAGCCAAGGCCACCAAGUCACCCAGAUCUACUGGGGCACCAUUUACAGACCACAACAUGCAUGGGGUCCUUUGGGCUGUGGAAUAUGGCUGUUCCUAUCUUCUCUCCUGUCCCUGUUCUAGAACAGUCCAGGCCAAUCAGCUUGACACUCUUUCCUAUCAUCUUACUUUAGUCUGAUCAGUUCCAUUCUCAACUCUGGGAGUCAAACAAAGGGUUGCUCCAGGGGUUUAAAGAAAGUAGACCUGCUCUGGCUCCAUCAGCCACCCUCCCCACAAGGCCUCACCCUCACCCCACCCCACCCCCUGGGUCCAACAGCACCCACCACUUGCUGCCCGUUCCUUCCAUUUCUGCUUGUUCUCCUGAAUGUAUUUGGUCCAGGUAGAGCGGAAGCUGACCACAUCAGGGUUGGGGUCUCCUACUUCCACAUCCAGAGAGGGUUGGCGCCACUGGGAACUAAAGCAGCCCCCCACCCCGACUCCAGAGGUGAGACCCAGCCCACUCCAGAACUGCCUUCACAGCCCUCAGAGCGGCAGGGAUGGAAGACCAGGAGGAAGCUUAGGGAGACUUAUCCUCCCCCUUUCCCACUGCUGGGUACCCCCAAUUCCCUGCCCCUUUUCCUACAGUUUCACCCCUUCCUCUCCACACCCUCCCUGCUAUUGGAAGGAAAAUAAAAACAACAUUAGCAAAACGGCAAUAAAGACAGAGCGAAC